AUGAAAUAUCCUGUUCUCUUCGCCUGUCUCCUGCCAGCAGCCGCUGCAGCCCCGCGAACUGCCGAGCCAAAUACAGUAUGGCUUUGUGGUGAUAGUACCAUGGCUCCGGGUGGGGGACACAACGGAACCGAGGGAUGGGGGCAGUAUUUGCAAUAUUCCCUCGAUUCAUCGAGAAUGAGGGUGAACAAUUCGGCCUAUGCCGGGAGAAGCGCGAGAACUUUCACUCGAGAGGGACGAUUUCAAGCUAUCUUCGGGAAAGUCCAGCCUGGUGACUGGGUAGUGAUUGAGUUUGGGCACAACGAUGGUCCUGCUGAUCCUGCGAAUGACGCGAAGAAUAGAGUGGAUUGUUUGGGGUUGGGUGCCGAGACUUGUCCUGUUACCUACGAUAACCAGACCGAGAUUGUUCAGACUUACACGACAUACCUACAUAACGCCAGCUCUACCUUCCUCGCCUUGGGCGCCAAGGUUAUCAUCUCGUCGCAAACGCCUACGAAUACAUACAACAGUGUCGACGACGAGUACUCCUGGGUUCCCACCAUUUACGAGUGGUAUUCCUGGUACAUUGUUGACUCGCUGGGUGGUCCAGAGCAGGGCGUGUACUAUGUCAACCAUGGAGAUUAUGGUGCCCAGGCACUCAAGCUCAUGGGCAAAGAGACAGCGAACGCCAACUUCCCGAUGGACAACACACAUACAUCCCCCUGGCUAGCAGACACAUUUUCCAAGGCCUUUGUGCUGGGGGUGAAAUGUGGCACAUCGCCUUUUCAAAACUUUGUGGUCAAUGCAACCAGUCGCUUGGAGGGCGAUCUCUUGGGAACCUGCGAACAGGACCGCGACAUGUGA